CGUCCCGGAGGGGCUGGUGAACCGCGCUCGGGAGUGGGUCGGCUCCUCGGGGGCGGAGCGGCGUCGGGAUGGGCGGGCAGGGACGCGUGCGGCGGCGGCCCCGGGGCUCCCGGCUCCUCCCCGCCUGUGCACUGGAGCGCCCGCGGCCGCGCUGAACUGUGCACCGCGGGCCGUGCGAGCUGCCGCCUGCACCCCGAGAGGAACGCGGCCAUGCCCGGGCCCUAGCGCGCUGCCGCAGCCUCUUCAAUGGGCAACCUGCUCGGCGGGGUCAGCUUCCGCGAGCCCACCACCGUGGAGGACUGCGACUCCACCUGGCAGACCGAUUCGGAGCCCGAACCCGAGCCCGAGCAGCCGGGGCCGGCAGGCGGUGGCGAAGGCCAGGAGCACGGCGAACCGGAGCAGCCCGAGCAGCCUCCCGAGAGAGCCGGAGGGCGGCCCCGCGACAGCCCUGUGCCCGAGGACAACGCCGAGGCGGGGGGCGCCGAGCAGGGUGGUGAUCCCACGGAAGCAGCUGCUAAACCAAAGAGGAGCUUCUAUGCUGCGAGGGAUUUGUACAAAUACCGACAUCAGUACCCACAGAACUUCAAAGAUAUUCGGUAUCAAAAUGACUUGAGCAACCUUCGCUUUUAUAAGAAUAAAAUUCCAUUUAAGCCAGAUGGGGUUUACAUUGAAGAGGUCCUGAGUAAAUGGAAGGGAGACUAUGAGAAGCUGGAGCACAACCACACCUACAUUCAAUGGCUUUUUCCCCUGAGAGAACAAGGCUUGAACUUUUAUGCUAAAGAAUUAACUACAUAUGAAAUUGAGGAAUUCAAAAAAACAAAGGAAGCAAUCAGAAGAUUCUUCUUGGCUUAUAAAAUGAUGCUAGAAUUUUUUGGGAUAAAGCUGAUUGAUAAAACUGGAAAUGUUGCUCGGGCUGCAAAUUGGCAAGAAAGAUUUCAGCAUCUGAAUGAGUCCCAGCACAACUAUUUAAGAAUUACGCGGAUUCUGAAAAGCCUUGGUGAGCUUGGGUACGAGAGUUUUAAAUCUCCUCUCGUAAAAUUGAUUCUCCACGAGGCUCUGGUGGAGAACACUCUUCCCAACAUCAGGCAGAGUGCUCUGGAGUAUUUCGUGUAUACCAUUAGAGACAGAAGAGAGAGGAGGAAGCUCCUGCGCUUUGCCCAGAAACAUUACAGGCCGUCGGAGAAUUUCAUCUGGGGCCCGCCUAAGAAAGAACAGCCGGAGCAAGGCAAAGCCCAGAAGAUGCCUGCUCUGCCCACUUCAGGUUCGAGUAGUCAAACAUCUAUGCACAAGAAAUCCAAGGACUCCAAAAAUUCCUCAGUAGCUGUUCAACUAAAUAGCAGAACUGUGGAAGAGAAAAAGGGGGCUCCUAGAGAGGCUGUGGAGGAGACAGAGAAGCCGGGCCCGGAGCCCUGCAGUGAAGAUAGCAAACCGCAAGACACAGAGCCAGACAGUGCUGCUGAAGAAUCAAAUCCUCCACCCGAGGAAACAGUUACUGAGACCGCAGGGAAAGGGCAAUGUCCAACUUCUUCUGAAAAUGUCGAAGAGGGGGAAAACCAGAGCAAAGACUCGGAAAACCCUGAAAACACCAGUUGCCACGAUGAGGUACUGUCACAGUGAAUGUCACAAACCCACAAACCAGUUCCGGUUAAGAGUGUAAAACACUCCUGUCUAAUUUACCCCGAGGAACAGAGAUGAGGUCACGUUUAAAAUGUUAGCCAUCUGUGAAUUUUGUUGUAAACCGUUUGUUCUUCUUUUUUUAUUUUGGAUCACAAUGAAAUUGGAUAUUUAAUAAGUUUUUAAGACCAGAUCCAAUAAAAGAAUAUAUUUAGGAUGUGUUUUUCCAAAUUCUGUAUAUAACAGUUACUUUAAAAAUAUUAUCAAGUCAUCUAGAACUAAUGGAGUAGCAUUUUGUAUUCUGCCUGUUCUCUUGAGAGAUUCAUGUAGAAAUCAGGACCCUCUCCAGAUGCGGUCUUACUGGACUUUUAAAUUCAUUUUGAAACUGGAAGGAUGAGUAGGUUUUCUCGAAUGUAUCCAGAAAGUCAUCUGGGUUCUUUGUUGCAGCUCCUUGGUGUUCUUAGCUUUGGGUUCUACAGUGGCAGUUGGUCCCACUUGUCUGCAAGCCUGCCUCUGCUCCGUCUUUGUCAGCGUCCACACGAGUUUUCCAGCACACGUUAGGACCCGUGUCCAGCUGGGGAGAGGGAAAUUUUUAAUAGUCUGACUUCAAGAUUUUUUUAAUGUUUAGAAUAAUAAGAAUAUUUUCAGUAUUAAGUGUUUAGAAAGGACGUGUGUCUGUGUGUGUGUGUGUGUGUGUGUGUGUGUAUGUGUAUGUAUGUAAAUACAAAACAAAAAUAGACUGUUUUUUGUGGCUAUUAUAUAUAAAACUGGUGGUUGAUUAGGACUAUACUCACUGAGGAGUGUUUUAAAAAAAUCACAAAUGUUUUCUAAAGAUGUGUCCUCACACUGUCGACGGGCAAUUUUGCCCUUUGAGCCAUUCCUGCAUCAAUGCCAUGAGCACUGUGGGUUUGCCUGUGUCACUCGUCCACAGUGUCUGUGUGUGUGUAGCAUUGUGGGAUUGCCACUGUCACUAGUCCACAAUGUCUCUGUGUGUGUGUAGCAUUGUGGGAUUGCCACUGUCACUAGUCCACAAUGUCUCUGUGUGUGUGUAGCAUUGUGGCGUUGCCAAUGUCACUCGUCCACAGUGUUUGUGUGUAUGUAGCAUUGUGAGGUUGCCAAUGUCACUAGUCCACAGUGUCUGUGUGUGUGUAGCAUUGUGGGAUUGCCACUGUCACUAGUCCACAACGUCUCUGUGUGUGUGUAGCAUUGUGACGUUGCCAAUGUCACUCGUCCACAGUGUUUGUUUGUAUGUAGCAUUGUGAGGUUGCCAGUGUCACUAGUCCACAGCUUCUGUAUGUGUGUGUGUGUAGCAUUGUGGGAUUGCCAGUGUGACUCGUCCACAGUGUCUGUGUGUCUGUAGCAUUGUGGUGUUGCUGAUGUCACUCGUCCAGUGUCUGUGUAUGUGGGUAGCAUUGUGGGAUUGCCAGUGUGACUCGUCCACAGUGUGUGUGUGUGUGUGUGUGUGUGUGUGUGUGUGUGUGUGUGUAUGUUCAUCUGCAGUUAGUCAUUUUGGAUCUGAGAACAGUUUGCGGUUCCAUACACUCACUCACUUUUAGUAAGAACUAGUAUAUUACAACUCAUUGGCUAACAGUCUUGUUUUGUACAGUUGUUGCUAAUUACUGCAGAUCCGAAGACAAUCAGAAACACUGUGAUGGGAACUCCAAAACAUUCAUACAAACAAAGCAAUGAACAGAGAAUAUUUUUACUGUUUUUUAUUUAGCAAGGAAUUGACUUUAUAAAAUCUCUCUUCGGCUUUCAAGAAAAGUCCUAUAGGCUUUCCCUGCCUCUCUCCUACCCCAAGGAAUUUUUACUAUUUCCUCUUUCAUACCACAUCACAUAAUCAUCUUGUUGGUUUUUUCCACCCACAGUUUUAGUGGUGAUUCCUGCAAAAUACUCCCACCAAUCUUGUGCUUUUAAAAAUAAGAUUUUAUCGUUUUUAAGUUUACACAAUACAGCUCAGUUGCUCAUCCCGGAUUUUGUGUGUGUGUGUGUGUGUGUGUGUGUGUGUGUGUGUGUGUUUAGAGAGAAAGAGAGUAUGCUGCGUAUGUGUGUGUGCAUAUGCGCACACGUGCAUGCAUGCGUCCUGGUGGCACCGGUGUUGUGUAUCCAUCCCAGUGAGUAAGAUAGGAAACACUUCAGCAUUUAGUUACUGCAAUUCUACAGCUUUAGUUUGUUGAGUUUACACAGGAUUCAGGAAGGAAAGAGGACUACUAAAUUAGGCCAAAUUGUAGGGCUAUGAUUGGUUUAAUUCAAAAUAUCUUAAUUUUGAACACACAAUGAAGCAUUCAGACCACUUUAAGUGUAUUUAGUAUAAAAACCAUGGGAUCAGGGGGACUAGAGAGAUGGCUCUUCCAAGGUUCCACUCUCAACACCUAUACUAGGUGGUUGGUUCACAACUACCUCUAGUACUAAGGGAUCUGAGUCCUUGUUCUGGCUUCCAGGGGAACUCUGUACAUGCAGUGCCCAUACAUACCUAUUACAUAUGCAUAAAUGAGGUUUUUUUUUUUUUAAAAAAUAAACAUGGGC